AUGAAGCUGCACGUAAACUGGAGUAACUGGGGGGCGUCUUUGCCACCGAAAGGCUACACCAUGUCCCAGCGAAAUAUUAGCGAGGCACCAGCCGACUACGGCGGCCAACAGAGCAGCGAGCAAGCUUCGCGUCAACGCGGUGGAGGGGACGCAGUGGCGGGACGGGGCCAACUGUCGGCCGCUGCUCCGCUGCCCGGGUCCGCUCACCGGUGGAAGCGGCGUCGCACGGAGCAUGUCCUGUUCAUCUCGCUCUUGAAAGAGGUGUUCAUGUAUCUUGACACAAUCACCUCGACGCAACAGCAGCAGCCCGAUCACAGGCGCGUUGCCGGUCAUGCAGAGGAAGAUGAGGAGGACAAGAUCCAGGGAGCCACCGCUCUCCCGUUGCACGCCGCUGCGUCGCGCUACAGCACGGCGUGUCCUGCUAUCCCCCACGGCCUCUGGGCUCGUAACAGAGACCGCAGCGGCCCCCUCGGUGCGGCAUCGGCACCGCUGAUGUCUGUUGAUUCCGCGGUUCGAGACACGUUGCGCGUGCUGCAGCAAUGCUGGGAGUACUGCGGAGCUCCCCACGACGCCUUUGAGCCCAUUCGUCUGCUCUCCCCCAUCACGGUUCAUCUUCUUCUCACUUACGGUCAUCACACCGUCACGCACGACGGACAGUACGUGGUGCUGCGUGGCGGGGCGGAGCACCUGCCUUGGGUUGGUUGUCUCUACAGCAUUCUGCUCGUCUACGCCUACCGCCACCGUGUCGCCCCAACGAUCGCGCUGGCCACUGGCACUGAUGAGGGUGAUGGCAGCGUGGCCCUGGGGUCGGAAUGCAUCUCGCGCCUGCUGCUGUUGAAUUGCCACAGCUUCGGCUGGCUGAACCACAACGGCGCCGGCGAGUACGAGUGCAGUCAUCGACGGCUUUACCAGGUGCGAGAGGCUCUUCUCGAGCUCCUCGAGGACCCGCGCUAUACGGCUCUCGGCCGUCCUGCUGGAUGCCAUCUCUGCGCCUCGUCCAUGGUGGGCGGCGAUGCCUGGACGUUAGUGCUUCUGGGCGACACGAUUGUGAUGGAGGGAGGCGUCCCAUCACUGGGGCUGGCGCAUCCGCGCGACACGUUCACGGCGCACUACCAGUACGGCCGCGGCAUCGCUUGCUGUGUGCCCGAUAGGGGCGGUGACCUUCAACUGGACUCCACUGGUACACCUGUGGUGGCGGGGCGCGUCGCGCACACGCCAACCGCAGGCAAGGGACUGUGUGCUGUCCACCGCGAGUCGCCGCAACCAGAAGCGAUGCAGGCCAGUCGCGAGUGGCACCCGGAUCCGCAUCAACAGCAUCGGCAUCUCGCGACGCCUUCUGGCGGCUGCCAGGUCGAGGAGAGCUUUUCCACCUUGGUGUGUUCUGGCGGCCAUGAUGGGCCGUUGCCCGGUGUGAUCUCCUCCUCAUGGUUGACCAGCACGGGCGCUGCUCCCUGCCGAUUGCCAGCGGUGUGCUGCGGCGUUUGUCGCGCUCUGGGGGUUCUGGGUCAGGCAGUGCUGUUGGGCCCAACCGGGUCUCUCGUGAUUCACCUGCAGUUUGACGAACGUGAAUGGUUUGACAUGGGCGCCCCAAUAGUGCCAGCAGCCACGGCCCACGGCUGGCUGCCCACCGCCACCGCUGAUACUACGGCGGCGUGCCCGCCACUAUCGUCGCACUGGGCAUCCCAGUACGCUGCCGACCCAGCCACCGCACUGGCAGCGGUUUUGUACGCCGUCUUGCAAGGCGGGAGCGCCACGAGCUUCGCCGGGCAGCAUUGCCACGCUUCUGUUGGAGGCCACCGCAGCAGCUCGACACACGUUGGCGGCUCCGUCUCACUUGCCGAGUUUGUCGAGUGGCUGGUGUGGCUCCUGAACGCCCCGCAGCCGGCCCUGGUUGUGGAGUGGCACGUCUCCACCUCUACCUCGACGACGACCACCACCUGCACUACUCACAGGUGCGAAGAUGUUACACCGAGCUUGUCGCGUAAUUUGGGGGUUUGUGGCGGUUCGCAAGUGUCAGUCUCGUCGCCUUGCACCCCCGCGGCACAGCUGCACUCACCGUUGGUCUCAUCGCGAUCUCCGGUCACCGCGCCUCCCCAUUCCAUGCAUUCUUGUGGCGCCACAUUCGGCUCAAAAUCAUCCUUUCCGGUGACUCGCGCCUAUGGCAGAGACGAGGGCUACGCAACCGCCUCGCUGUCCACAGACCACCCGCAAUACGAAGACUACCUGACCAGCUCCUCCGCGCCGCACGGGACUACCACCUCCGUUCCAUUAGGCACGUUAACCCAGCCCCGGCGCCCCACCGUGAUGCAACUGCUUGAGACGUACAGCGAUGUGGUGCAGAGCCGCGCCGCCGUGCCUGCUCCUCCCGCUACCACCUUGCCAAACUCCUCCGUUGGCAGCUCGUGCGCUCUUCCAUUCACACACGCCAAUGGCACGAGUGAGCAUGCCGCCGAAGCCAUGAAGCCGCACCGGCUACUGGACUGCCUGCUGGCGGCGCAGGAGUCGUUGCGGCUCUGUGAGGCCACAUCCCUCUUUGACGGGGUGGAGCGGCCGCUGGUGCUGGCGAAGGAGCUCGAGGUGGCUGCCGAAGCGGAACGAUUACUGAACGCGAGCUCUGUGGUGACCUCACUGCAGUUUCGUCCACGCUCUGCACGACUGUGA